AUGGGCAAGAUUUUGGCUGCCGCCUUGUUGGCAUUCGCUGCAGUCACCGCUGCGGACACAUGUGACCCCUUAAACACGAAAUGUCCACCCAACGCAGGAUCAGCAAACAGUACUUACACAGUUGAUUUCACAAAGCAAUCAUCAGUUCCGCCCGAAUGGACUCUCUCGAACUACGCCAAUCUCAAUUUUGGUUCCAAGGGCGCUGAGUUCACCGUAGCCAAGCGUUUCGACUCUCCUCAACUGUGGACCAACUUCUACAUCCACUAUGGCAAGGUCGAGAUCGUAGCCCAAGUUGCUCCCGGAACAGGCAUUGUGUCCUCUGCUGUUCUUAUGUCUGACGAUCUUGAUGAGAUUGACUUGGAAUUUUCUGGAAACAACUUCAGGGAUACUGCUGGAAAGGGCCAGAACAACUACUACGGAAAGGUCGCGAGAUUAGACAGGGUAAACGGGGAGGCUUUUGCUGACUGCUAUCGUUAG